AUGGACGCCGUCAAGCUGGUGACCGAGGGGCCACCUGAGGGCAAGGAGCACCGCACGCCCGAGCGGUAUUUCAAAGACGUCCUGGAUGGGUCUCGUAUUGUGGCGACGCAAUAUCCACCUCACCUCACCUCUCUCCUCUGGCUCGAUCUCGAGCUCAGCCGCUCGAGCUCGUCGCCACUGCUCGCCGUCAACGCGGCCACUGACGCGCUCACCAGCCCCACCGCCGUCUCCUACGUCGCCUGCCACCUCGGGUUGGAGGUCGGAGCCCCUGCGGCAACCGCGGUGACCUCGUCUCCCUCCUCUGCUUUAUCAUCGCCAUCGCCGGACUCCGCCGCCCUCCGACCACCACCGGCUUCCCCGGGCCUUCCCAGCAAUGGCAGUGAGCAUCUCCCUCCUUCCCCUCACUCCAUGCGCUCGAUUGCGAGUUCUGGCGCCCGAUUCGCCGUCCGCCGAGUUGCUCCGCCGCACGAGCCCGUCUCCGGCGAGGCUCCGCCGUGCUCCGGCACUGCAUGCCUCGCCCGUGCCGCCGCCUCAUGCCCUGGCCUCUCCUCCCUCUCUCUGCUGCUGCUCUGCACCGGCAUCCUCGCGUGCCCCCACUCGCCCUCGCCUCCUUGCCACGCUCACCGCACCACCUCGCCGUGCUCAACCCCGCGCGCCCUUCCCGCGCUGGCCGUGCCCCGCUCGCUGCCGCGCGUCGCGGCCGCCCCUGGCCACGCUCUCACCUGCGCGCCCCCUCUGCUGCCCGCGCCCGCCAUUCCCCGGCCGCGCUGCUGCUGCCUCCACGCUGCUGGCUACCCGUCGUCACCGCCGCGGCUAGCCCCGUUGCGGUGUUGCCCCGUUGCCGCUCGCGGUUGCUUCCUCCGCGCACCGCUGCCGACCGACCCGCACGCACUCACCACCUCCUGCAGCCCGCUCCGCCAGCGCGCUUCUCCGCCGCCGUCCACGACUGUGGCCCCGGCUGGCCGUCGCCCGGGUCCGACGUCCGGCUCCGCCGCCUGCGCGCUGGGCUGGCGCCCGUGCCCGUUAACCCCGUCAUGUGGCCUGGGCCACUUACAGAUGGGGCCCAACUCCCUUUAA